AUCAUAAAUAAGAAUAUUAUCAGAACCUUCAACCUAGUGUACUAGGACUUCACAUAAAAGAAAAAGAAAAAAAGAGAGGAAAAAUGGUAGUGAAAGUGUAUGGUUCAGCAAUGGCUGCAUGUCCACAAAGGGUCAUGGUUUGCCUUAUAGAAUUGGGAGUCGAUUAUGAACUUAUACAUGUUGAUCUUGAUUCUCUCCAGCAGAAAAAACCUGAUUUCCUGCUUUUACAGCCAUUUGGACAGGUUCCUGUCAUUGAAGAUGGCGAUUUCAGGCUUUUCGAAUCUAGAGCAAUAAUAAGAUACUAUGCAGCAAAAUAUGAAGACAAGGGAAAGAAACUAACAGGAACCACACUGGAAGAAAAAGCUCUAGUAGAUCAAUGGUUAGAAGUGGAAUCGAACAACUACAAUGACUUGGUAUACAACAUGGUACUCCAACUCCUCGUAUUCCCUAAAAUGGGACACAACAGUGACUUGAUCGUGGUACAAAAAUGUGCCAACAAUUUAGAAAAAGUGUUUGAUAUCUAUGAACAAAGGUUGUCCAAGAGUAAAUACUUAGCAGGAGAUUUUUUCUCCUUAGCUGAUCUAAGCCACCUUCCUAGCCUUAGAUUUUUGAUGAAUGAAGGUGGCUUUGCACAUUUGGUGACUCAAAGGAAGUGUUUACAUGAUUGGUAUUUGGAUAUUUCAAGUAGGCCUUCUUGGAACAAAGUGUUGGACUUCAUGAAUAUGAAGAAAUCAGAGAUGUUACCCGGCCCAGCUAAAGAUGAAGUAAAAGUUUAAGCAACUCCGUGAUUUCAACUAGAUUAUUCUGUUACGAGUGGCAUGGAUAAUGAGAAUUCAUAUAGCCGACUCUGUCUAUCUAAUUAAUUUGGUUUGGAAUUGAAGCGUUUUUAGUUUCAUUGUGUUGUGUUGUAAUCAGACCAAAAAAUAAAAUAAUUUGAACUAUGGGUUUU